GGUUGUCUGAAAGAAAAUAAAUUAUAAGUGCACGAAAUGGGACAAAAUCAAUCAGGACCAGGUGGAGGUGGUGGCGACAAGAAGGGAGAUAAGGAUAAAAAGAAAAAAUAUGAGCCACCAGUUCCGACCAGAGUUGGAAAGAGGCAGAAGAAAGCCAAGGGACCUGAUGCUGCUAAUAAACUGCCAAAGGUCACUCCUCACAGAAACUGCAGGCUAAAGAUGCUCAAACUUGAAAGAAUAAAAGAUUACCUUCUAAUGGAAGAAGAAUUCAUUCAAAAUCAGGAAAGAUUGAAGCCACAAGAAGAAAAACAUGAGGAGGAGAGAUCAAAAGUGGAUGAUUUAAGAGGAACACCAAUGUCAGUAGGAAAUUUGGAGGAAAUCAUUGAUGACAACCAUGCUAUUGUAUCAACAUCUGUAGGGUCUGAGCACUAUGUCAGUAUCUUGUCUUUUGUGGAUAAAGACCAGCUUGAACCUGGMUGCACUGUCUUAUUAAACCACAAGGUGCAUGCUGUUGUUGGGGUGUUGUCUGAUGAUGCAGACCCCAUGGUUACUGUCAUGAAACUAGAGAAAGCACCACAAGAAUCUUAUGCAGAUAUUGGUGGUCUGGACACACAGAUACAAGAAAUAAAGGAAUCAGUAGAAUUACCAUUGACUCAUCCAGAAUUAUAUGAAGAAAUGGGCAUCAAACCACCAAAAGGAGUCAUUCUAUAUGGACCGCCAGGAACAGGCAAGACACUGCUUGCUAAAGCUGUAGCUAACCAGACGUCUGCCACUUUUCUAAGAGUUGUGGGAUCUGAACUCAUACAAAAAUAUCUGGGUGAUGGUCCAAAGCUUGUAAGAGAAAUGUUCCGAGUUGCUGAAGAGCAUGCUCCAUCGAUAGUCUUCAUAGAUGAAAUAGAUGCUAUUGGUACUAAAAGAUAUGAAUCUAACUCUGGUGGUGAAAGAGAAAUUCAGAGAACUAUGUUGGAACUUCUUAAUCAGUUGGAUGGCUUUGAUUCCAAAGGAGAUGUUAAGGUUGUUAUGGCAACAAAUCGCAUUGAAACAUUGGAUCCAGCUCUCAUCCGACCUGGUCGCAUUGAUCGCAAAAUUGAGUUUCCUUUGCCUGAUGAAAAGACCAAAAGGAGAAUAUUUCACAUUCACACCAACCGUAUGACACUCGCUGAUGAUGUGAAUAUUGAUGAAUACAUCAUGUCAAAAGACGAUUUGUCUGGUGCUGAUAUAAAGGCUAUCUGCACUGAGGCUGGUCUAAUGGCUCUUAGAGAGAGAAGAAUGAAAGUUACAAAUGAAGACUUCAAGAAAUCAAAGGAAAAUGUGUUGUAUAGAAAAAAUGAAGGCACUCCUGAGGGACUUUAUCUGUAGUAGCUGUCUAGUAAAUAAAUAAAACUUUGUUAUUUGGCA